CAUCAUCCUGAAGGCACGGUGGUUGGCGUUAACGCCUGGGCCUCGCAGCGCCAUCCCGAUUUUUUCGAGAGUCCAGAUGACCUUAUCACUGAGCGCUGGCUGGAGAGCUCGCCGGAUCAGUUGAAAAACAUGGAGCGAGCUAUGUUCCAUUUUGGUGGUGGAUCAAGGACUUUUAUUAGGAAGAACUUCGGGCUUGCAACGGUUCACAAACUCGUGGGCACUCUCCUCAGAGAGUUUGACAUGAAGCUUCACAACCCGGAAAAGCCCCUAGAAUUGAGAUGCAUAGGCAUUGUGACACGAAAAGGCAUGUUGGUGGAUUUGGAAGAGCGUAAGCCCAGCAAGAGGUCUUAA